AUGUCAAAUUUUACUCUCAUCUCAACAUGGCUUUCUGGCAUCGUUCUGUGUGGUAUCAACUUGGUCAUUGACCUUUUCCACGCUCUUUGUAUUGUUGAUCUUCAGUCCGACGAGUUGAGUCCCGUUGAUUUUUGUUCUCGUGUUAAUCCCGUCCUUUUUCCCGAGUUUUUAAUCCACAUUGUCUUGACAUUUUUAUUCAUUCCGCAUAUGAAUUGGCUAGAGUUAUUUAUUACCGUGCCUGUGUUAGUGUAUGACGUGAUAUCGUUUCUUAAACACGACCACUUCUACCAACCAAUCACGGUAUUCAACAAUAUCAGAAUGAAGGAGAAAAUCAGUUAUUCCAAACUUGCAUACUAUUUGGCGUUUAUCUUCAUCCUUCUUGCUCGGCUUUUAUACUUUGUGAUUGUGACGUACUCCACCUCCAAAGUCUCCAAACGCCAUUGA